AUGUGUGAUGGAAAGGAGUUGGAGACAGCGUCGUUGCAAAUCUCCCAGACUCCAGAGUGGAAAGCUUUGGAAGAUCAUGUCACCGAAAUCGAGAAAACGCAUUUGAGGGACCUUCUCAGGGACGGCCACAGAAGUGAUACCCUUUUCCACGAGUUCAACAAGAUUAUUGCAGACUUCUCAAGGCAGAGGGUCACGAGCAAGACUCUCGAGCUUUUGACGAAUCUGGCUGAGAGGGCCAAGCUGCGGGAGAAGAUUAAUGCAAUGUUUGCUGGCGAGCACAUCAACACUACAGAGGACCGCGCUGUGCUCCACGUGGCCUUGAGGUCUCCGCGCACAAAGAAAAUUGUUGCGGACGGCGUUGACGUGGUGCCAGACGUCUGGCAAGUGUUGGACAAGAUCAAGGACUUUUCAGACAAGGUGCGCUCGGGGGAGUGGUUGGGCGCCACUGGCAAGCCCCUGACGGAUGUGGUGGCCAUCGGCAUUGGCGGCUCCUUCCUUGGGCCGCUCUUUGUCCACACAGCCCUCCGCACAGACCAGACCGCGUCAGAGCAGGGCCGGGGGCGAAAUCUGCGUUUUCUUGCCAACGUGGAUCCAGUGGAUGUGGCUCGCGCACUGAAUGGCCUGAAGCAGGAGACCACCCUCGUGGUGGUGGUGUCCAAAACCUUCACCACAGCUGAAACCAUGCUCAAUGCCCGUACUGUACGGACAUGGCUUACCACUGAGCUUGGCCCUGCGGCCGUGGCCAAGCACAUGGUGGCGGUCUCGACCAACCUGAAGCUGGUCAAGGAGUUUGGCAUUGACCCCAACAACGCCUUUGCCUUCUGGGACUGGGUCGGCGGCCGCUACUCCGUCUGCUCCGCCGUCGGCAUGCUGCCUCUCAGCCUUCAGUACGGCUUCGACAUCACCGAGAAGUUCCUGGAGGGCGCGCACGACGUGGAUGAUCACUUCCGGACGGCGCCGUUUGAGGACAACAUUCCGGUGCUGCUGGGCUUGAUGGGAGUGUGGAACACCACCUUCCUGGGCUACCCCUCCCUCGCCAUCCUUCCCUACACCCAGGCCCUCUCCAAGCUCGCUCCCCACAUCCAGCAGGUGUCCAUGGAGAGCAAUGGAAAGGGCGUGGCCCUGGACGGGUCGAAGCUGUCCUUUGAGGCCGGCGAGAUCGACUUUGGCGAGCCGGGCACCAACGGCCAGCACAGCUUCUACCAGCUCAUUCACCAGGGCAGGGUGGUCCCCUGCGAGUUCAUCGGCAUUGUGAAGAGCCAGCAGAGUGUCUACCUCAAGGGCGAGGUGGUGUCCAACCACGACGAGCUGAUGUGCAAUUUCUUUGCGCAAGCGGACGCGCUGGCCACGGGCAAGACGCCGAUCGAGCUGCGCGCGGAGAACGUGCCAGACUCGCUCAUCCCCCACAAGACCUUCACAGGCAACCGCCCCUCCAUCUCCAUCCUACUCCCCGAGCUGAACGCCUUCACCGUGGGACAGAUCCUGGCGCUCUACGAGAACAGGAUCGCAGUUCAGCAGGGCUUCAUUUGGGGGAUCAAUUCUUUCGACCAGUGGGGAGUGGAGCUGGGUAAGGUGCUGGCCAGCAAAGUGCGCGCGGAGAUGCACACCUGCCGCACCAAGGACCGCAACGUGUCCCCCACCGACGGCUUCAACCACUCCACCACCAAACUCCUCAACAGGUACCUGGAGGGCAAGGCUCGCCUGUUGUACCCCGAGCCCGAGGAUGUGUUCCCAUGCGACCUGAUUGAUUCAGACACGUGCCGCCCUCCUUCCUCAUAUGUGUAA